UAACUGCAGUAACUAGAGGACAGCUGGUUUCUUCUUGGUCAUAUUGGACUGAAUAAGCAGUUUUUUGUUAUCUGUCCAAUUAGAAAUUUAAACUGCUUGGCAUUUUAAUUGACUUGAAGGUAUAUAAAGAAAAUCUCAGUCUAACUGUAACUUUUAAUCCUGUGCUUAGAAAGUCUGCAAGAUGCUGAAAGCCAUUUUUUUGUCUUUGGUGGUGGCUUCUAUGGCAGUUAAAGAUGAUGUUUUGAAUGUUUGUAUGGAGGGAAAACAUCACAAAAAACAACCUGGAGUAGAAGGAGACUUGCAUAAGCAGUGUGAACCAUGGAAAGACUGGGCAUGCUGCACAGUGAACACCAGCACUGAAGCACACAAAGACGAAUCAUACCUUUAUAAUUUCAACUGGAAUCACUGUGGCAUGAUGACAGAGAAGUGUAAAAGGCAUUUCAUUCAGGACACCUGCUUUUAUGAGUGUUCUCCAAAUCUAGGACCUUGGAUACAGAAGGCAGACGCGUCAUGGAGAAAUGAGCGCAUCAUAGAUGUGCCUUUGUGCAAGGAGGACUGCGAAGAGUGGUGGAAUGACUGCCAAAAUGACCUAACUUGCAAAGAAAACUGGCACAAGGGCUGGAACUGGACAUCAGGUAUUAACAAAUGCCCAGUUGGAUAUCCCUGUCAAAAGUUUACAGAUGUUUUCCCUACUCCACAGAGUCUAUGUGAAAAGAUAUGGUCUGGAUCAUAUAAGCAUACUACCUAUAAAAGGGGCAGUGGACAGUGUUUACAAAUGUGGUUUGAAACUGGAAAGAAUCCCAAUCCAAAUGUUACAAAGUAUUAUGCAGAAAAAAUGGGGCUGCUUGGGGUUGCUUACACACCUAGAAUUUCUAUCUUUAUUCAUUUCUUCCUUGCCAGCCUAUCUUUGCUGUUAACUUGAAUAAAUUAUAUUUUUAAAUUUCCUCACGGAGUGAAAAAUAUGAUCAAUGCAAUUUUAUUUAAGGAAGUUUGCUUUAAUUGUAAAGUAUGUAUUAUGAAAUAUGAAAAGGGUUGUUGACAGAUUGUUUUGUAAUUUCUCCAAUUGAAGCCAGAGGCAAAACAACUGACAUUAAAGUUUGGGCUUGCCAAGGAAA